AUGGCUCUCGUCGCGCAAACGCGUGGCCUCCGCGUCAGCAGCGGGCGCGCCGCCGCGGGCAGCAGGCGCCCCGUCGCGCGCGUGCAGGCGCUGUUCGGUUUUGGCGCCAAAAAGGAGGAGGGCAACAGCGACAAGGACGAGCAGUUCAGGAUCCAGCAGGUGCGCGCAGCGCCGCGCGCCGGGCUGCUGCGGCGCGCCGCCCGCGGCGCCGCACCGUCGACAAGGACGAGCCGCAUGCCCCGGAGCCCGAUCGCGCCAGAUAUUUGCGGGCGCGCGGGCGGGGGGCCCGCAGCGGCGGGCGUCGCGGCGCGGCGAAUCGCGGAGCUGCUUGAGAAGCGGCGCACGGGCCAGGCCAUCAAGGAGGCGGGGGAGCGGCGGAGGAAGGUCUCGGAGACCAUGGCGUCCCGCAAGGCGGCGCGGCGGGAGGAGCGGGAGGCCCUGGGUCGCGGGGAGAUGCCAGAGUCCCUGGCCAACUGGAAGCCCUACAAGAAGAGCGAGGACGCCGAGGGCACCGGCGGCAUCAUCAUCCCCCUCAACCCCCUGGGGCUGCGGAUGUACGACGAGGGGGAGCGCUUCGACCUGCGGUCGCCCUACAGCGACGACGGCUGGGUGGACCCCGAUGAGACCGACGCGUUCGCGGGGAUCAAGAACAUCGGGAAGAAGCUGGUGAGAAGCUGA